AUGGCCUCUGUUCCUGUGUUAGUGUCACUACCCAUCCACAAGCAUUUCAUGGUGCCUUGGAAUGAUAUGCGGAGAGGUGAUUGCUGUGGACGCUUCAAUCUAUCACUGGUGGCUACUAUUGCAAAAUCUGCGAUUUUUUCGUCCACAAGAUAUGUGGCGACGGGCCUCCGAAUAUAUCCAACACCCAUCACACUCCCUUCACACUCUUCAGCUGCUUCAAGUCAUGGCAUUAUUGCGAUUUAUGUGGAAGGAAUAUUGGAUCGAUGCUAUUGUUGUGAGAUAUGUGACUUCGACGUGUGUCUAUACUGUGCCAAGUACCCACCACCACCAGAGGUUAUUGACAUUUCCGAGACGCAUCCUCACAAGCUCACACUGUCAAGGAGCGGACAGAGUUUGUCUGUGAUGCCAAAUGUGGAAAGCGUGGUUAUGGGUUUCUUACAAAUGUGA